GGUAAGAGGUAUUCCCUAUCUCUGAGAUGUGAAUGUUGCACAUCAUGUCUGAGAAGACAUACAAGAUCUGGAACCACUCGUUCAAAUGGACAUCAGAUCAUAUUCCAGCAGAGGGGCUACAGUCUAUGAGAUAUUCGUACGAUGUGCUUGGUGAAGAGUGCUAUCUCAGAUUGAAGCAAAUUGUCUCCAAGCCCAGUCAUGGCCCUACUGAACAAGCCCCGCUGAACCCAGAUCUAUACACUCUCUUGCGAGACAACUAUACCCAAGACAAGAAACUACGCAAGCUAUGGGGUCAAGUACAUUCCAUUCCGGACUGGGUUGACUGGGCGCAAAUAGAAAGAGGUCAGAAGGUCCUUUAUCGAUAUGAUAUACUUGCUUUGAAUUCUCUAGCCUUCCAAGGCCUCAUCGGUGCGAUGGGCCCCGGCCGUGGAGCCGAAACACUCGCACGUACAUCCGGCCUCGGAAGACAGACAGCUCGUCGCCGAAUCCUCGAAACCGCCCAAUUUAUCCUCGAAGUAACUCAAUCCCUAUCCGCACUACAGCCCGGCGGAACGGGCCAAAUCGCUUGUCUACGAGUCCGAUUUCUCCACGCGAUAGUCCGCACCCAAUUCAUGGCUCUUAUUCAAAGGGACUCGUCGCAGUCCACCUAUAAUGUAAAGGAACACGGCAUCCCAAUAAACGAUAUCGAUUCCAUCGUCACAGUACUCGAUCUCUCAGCCGUGAUCCUCCUCAUAGGCCUUCCGGCGCAGGGAAUCUACCCGUCAAACCAGGAAGUGUCCGACUGUAUCGCCAUGUGGAGGUUAGUUGCGCAUUACAUGGGGACGCCUUCUGAGCCAUUCAAGACUCCGCACUCGGCAAAGGUCAUGCUAGAGUCGUAUCUAGUGGCUGAACUGCAUCCUACGGAGAAAAGUGGUCUGUUGGCGAGGAAUAUUUUCCGAGCCCUGGAUGACGCCCUACCUUAUGUGCCACGGUCACUUCUUAUGGCUAAUACGUACUGGCUGAAUGGGAGUGAGCUGUCGAAUCAACUUGGAUUCGAGGGAACAACGAGGGCGUGGUCGCUUGUGCUGAGCUUACUUUAUGGGGUGUUUGUCGGGCUUAUAUAUCUAUGCCGCUUGGUGCCUUGGCUUGAUGAGGGCCAUAUCAAGCUACAACGCCGACUUCAAUGGUACAUUAUUGUAGAGGGGAAGACAGGUCUGGGGAAAAGGUCGACGUUCAAAUUCAAGAAUAAGCCACAACUUCAGCCUCCCCAGAGCACCAGAAUGUAAGUGGAUACUCGGUUCCCGGCAAGAGCAUCGCAUAUGUGAUUCGCUCUUGGAGCUUUAGUUGCGACAAAACUUGGUGAGAGUAUCUUGCUUAGCUAUGGCAGGGCGUGAAUACAUAACCUAUGAACUAUAGUGUAUGGGAUGGUCUUAAUAAAUUUCUCUACUAUUUACUAGACAGCCUAUUCCCACGACGAUAGAUGCUCAUAGAAACGAGAGCCUUGUCAUCCGAUGCAAACCCUCGCCAUUGAGUUCAAAAAUAUCCGACUGUACCUCUUCAAGGACUCUGCAGACCGCUUUCAAAAGCUUUUGGUCAACUGCGGAGUCUGGGGAGGGUGAAAUAGAU